AUAAAUUGUCCGGGCGGAACUUGAAGUCAAUCUGCCUAUGUCAAUCUGCUAGCUAGAUGUGUUGUAAGUUCGGUUAAGAAAGUAAACAGCACCACAAUAAUAACAAUAUGAUGAUAUUCAUUAGUAACUGUACAGGUAACCUAGAGUUGUUAACUUUCAAUCAUACAAAGUACAGUUUGCUGCUCUGCGAUUUGUUGUAACCUAAUUAGCAAAUUCCCCCGGACGCCUUUCACUGGUACACCUGAGAUAACUUGCAGAGAAAAAUAUUGACUAAUGUUUGCAUUUAACUCUAUUCCCGUGUAACUCUAUACGUAAAACUAGUAGCUAGAAAAGAUGGCUUCUACAUCCGACUUUGACAAACCGUCAGUUUCUAAUGUAGAAGAAAACAGAAGUCGCCUCUGCGAUGAGUUUGCGGCAGUAACAGGAACUGAUAGCGCUGUGGCCCAGUGCUACCUGGCUGAAAAUGAGUGGGAAAUGGAGAGAGCUUUGAACUCAUUCUUUGAGGCUGAUUUGGAGAAAGUAUUUGAAGAAGAUUUCCCAGAGAGUGAAACCAGCACCAAAAAAAAGAAGCAAAAAGAUUUCCCAGAGAGUGAAACCAGCCCCCCAAAAAAGAAGCAAAAAGUUGAGAAAAACCCACCAGGAGACUGUAUAGAUUUGACUGCAGACAGUCCAGCCUCCACACGCAAACCCUCAGAAGAAGACGACAAUAAACUGUCACUGAUUUCCUGGAACGUGGAUGGACUUGAUACAGACAACCUUGGAGAGCGAGCCAGAGGCCUGUGCUCCUUCUUAGUCUUAUACACUCCUGACGUGGUGUUUCUACAGGAGCUUAUUCCACCUUACGUCCAGUACCUGAAGAAACGGGCUGUCAGCUACCUACUCAUUGAAGGUGGUGAAGAUGGUUACUUCACUGGGAUGAUGCUGAAGAAGUCACGGGUCAAAUUCGUGGAGAGCGAGAUAAUCACUUACCCCAAUACUCAAAUGAUGAGGAAUCUGCUUGUAGCUCAGGUGACUUUCAAAGGCCAGAAGCUGUGUUUGAUGACGUCCCACCUCGAGAGCUGUAAAGGCCAAGCAGCGGAGCGGAUGAAACAGCUGCGAGUGGUGAUGCAGAGGAUGAGAGACGCACCUGACGAUGUCACCGUCCUGUUUGGAGGGGACACAAACCUGAGGGACACUGAGGUUGCCAAAGUGGGUUUGCCCUUCAGUGUCUGCGAUGUGUGGGAGCGACUGGGAAAGCAGGAGCACUGCCGCUACACAUGGGACACCAAAGCCAACAACAACAAGACUGUUCCUUAUGUCAGUCGCUGCCGUUUUGACCGGGUCUACCUCCGCCCGGCUACCAAGGACGGCGUCCAACGCCUGGCCCCCGACCACAUGGCCCUGGUGGGGCUGGAGAAGCUGGACUGUGGACGCUUUACUAGUGAUCACUGGGGAAUUUACUGUAGCUUCUCUGCUGCGUAGAAAUGCACAAAACAACCUGAGACAUGCCAAUUUAAGUUUUGGAUCAGCUGGUCUAGUUUGUUUUGUGUGUUUUACAGUCCCACACCAUGUCAGUGCUGGGUUCAGAAUGCGGAAACAUGUUCUCUGUGAAAGGAGAUGUUCUGAUCUCAGCUGACGUUGGUUACCUGUAAAUUUGAUGUAUUGAUUUGAUUAGUUUUAUCUUCUAAUGUGUCUCUGCCCAAGAGUUUUCUUUUUUUGUCUGUAAAAUAAAUUAAUGUCGAAAGCACCAAUAAAUGUAAAAAUGUCAAA